AUGGAAGGUCGUCUGAAGGAAAAGUCUCCAGGAUCCACCUGUCUGUCCAUGAAGAGUGACCAGUCCAAAAGUGGACCUCCAGACUUCAGUACUGAACCUGGACCCUCAGACCCAAAGUAAGAAAACUGUCAGAACCUCAGACAGAGAGCAGAACCUCCAGGACCCAGCUGUCUGUCCAUGAAGAGUGACUGGUCCAAAGGAUUUCCUCCAGACCUCAGUGAAGAAGCUGGACCCUCAGACAUAAAAGGGAGGAAGAGGAGUGGUGUUUGUGAGGAGGAGCAGCUGUCCUGCUGUUCUUUGUGUCAGGACGUCCUGAAGGAUCCAGUCUCUACCAGCUGUGGACACUGGUUCUGCAGAUGCUGCAUCACCUCAUACUGGGACCAGUCUACAUCAUCUGGACCCUCCUCCUGUCCCCAGUGUGGACAAAGACCCAGAAGUGGACUGCAGACAGCCAGUCCGAGCAUCUGUGUCCAAGAUGUUGGUCUGGGUCUGCAGGAGGUCUUAGAGGAACAUCAGAUCAGUCUGAGGAGGAGAUGUGAACGUGUGACUGAAGGAAGUGAUGAAACAGGAAGUAGAACCCUCCUCAACAGGAUCUACACUGAGCUCUACAUCACAGAGGGACAGAGUGAAGAGGUGAAUACCCAACAUGAGGUGAGGCGGCUGGAGACAGCUUCCAGGACCAAGAGCCUCCAGGAGACUCCAAUCAGGUGCCAGGACAUCUUUAAAGCCUUACCUGAGCAACAUGGAUCCAUCAGAGUGGUUCUGACCAAUGGCAUCGCUGGCGUUGGAAAAACCUUCUCGGUGCUGAAGUUCACUCUGGACUGGGCCGAGGGCUUGGAGAACCAAGAUGUGAGCGUGGUGGUUGUGCUUUCGUUCAGGGAGCUGAACUUGAUCAGAGAUGAGCAGUACAGUCUUCUCACGCUGCUCCAUGUUUUCCAUCCAACAUUACAGAAGCUCCCAGCAGAGAAGCUGGCUGUCUGGAAACUUCUCUUCAUCUUUGACGGCCUGGAUGAAAGCAGACUCCACCUGGAUUUCACCAACAGUCAGCUGCUUUCUGACGUCACACAGAAGUCCUCGCUCAACGUGCUGCUGACAAACCUCAUCAAGGGGAACCUGCUGCCCUCGGCUCUGGUCUGGAUCACUUCCAGACCUGCAGCAGCCAAUCAGAUCCCUCCUUCAUGUGUGGACAGGCUUACAGAAGUACGAGGCUUCACGGACGCCCAGAAGGAGGAGUACUUCAGGAGGAGGUUCAGUGAUGAAGAGCUGUCCAGCAGAAUCAUCUCCCACAUAAAGACCUCCAGGAGCCUCCACAUCAUGUGUGGAAUCCCAGUCUUCUGCUGGAUCACUGCUACAGUUCUGGACCACAUGUUGACUACAGAGCAGAGAGGAGAGCUGCCGAAGACCAUGACUGACAUGUACUCACACUUCCUUCUGGUUCAGACAACCAGGAAGAAGAACAAGUACCAUGAAGGACCUGAGACCAGUCCACAGAAGCUGACAGAGGCUGACAGGGAAGUUCUUCUGAAGCUGGGGAGGCUGGCGUUUGAACAUCUGGAGGAAGGAAACAUCAUGUUCUACCAAGAAGACCUGGAGCAGUGUGGUCUGGAUGUCACAGAGGCCUCGGUGUACUCAGGAGUUUGUACAGAGAUCUUCAGAAGAGAGUGUGUGAUCUUCCAGAAACCAGUCUACUGCUUUGUUCAUCUGAGCGUUCAGGAGUUUCUGGCUGCAGUCUACAUGUUCCACUGUUUCACCACCAGGAACAUGGAGGUGAUGGAGAUGUUUCUGGGAGAGAAGGACAGUUACUCAUAUCUGGUGCACUUCCUGGACAAAGUCAUGAAGAAAUCCCUCUUCAGUAAAAAUGGCCACCUGGACCUGUUUGUUCGCUUCCUUCAUGGCCUCUCUGUGGAGUCCAACCAGAGACUCUUAGGAGGCCUGCUGGGUCAGACAGAGACCAGUCCACAAACCAUCCAGAGUAUCAUCAACAACCUGAAGGAGAUGAACAGUUAUGAAGAGUCUCCAGACAGAAGCAUCAACAUUUUCCAGUGUCUGAUGGAGAUGAAGGACCUCUCAGUUUAUCAAGAAAUCCAAGAGUUCCUGAAGUCAGAGAACAGAUCAGAGGAACUCUCGUUGAUCCAGUGUUCAGCUCUGGCCUACAUGCUACAGAUGUCAGAGAAGGUUCUGGAUGAGUUGGACCUGGAUAAGUACAACACAUCAGAUGAGGGACGACAGAGACUGAUUCCAGCUGUGAGGAACUGCAGAAAGUUUCGAGCUGCUGCUGCUGUUGGACUCUCAGAGACUCACUGUGAAGUUGUGGCCUCAGCUCUGAAGUCCAACCCCUCCCAUCUGACACAACUGGACCUGAGUCAGAACCAGCUGUCUGACUCUGGAGUGAAGCAUCUGUGUUCUGGACUGGAGAGUCCAAACUGUAGACUGGAGGUUCUGAGAUUGUGGGACUGCAGUUUGUCAGAGAACAGCGGUUCUUCUUUGGGCUCAGCUCUGAAGUCCAACCCCUCCCAUCUGACACAACUGGACCUGAGCUGGAACCUCCAACUGUCUGACUCUGGAGUGAAGGAGCUCUGUGGUUUCCUGGAGAGUCCAAACUGUAGACUGGAGGUUCUGAGACUGAAGAACUGCAAUUUGUCAGAGAUCAGCUAUUCUUCUCUGGUCUCAGCUCUGAAGUCCAACCCCUCCCAUCUGACACAACUGGACCUGAGCUGGAACCAGUUGUCUGACUCUGGAGUGAAGGAGCUCUGUGGUUUCCUGGAGAGUCCAAACUGUAGACUGGAGGUUCUGAGAUUGGAGGACUGCUGUUUGUCAAAGAUCAGCUGUUCUUCUCUGGCCUCAUCUCUGAAGUCCAACCCCUCCCAUCUGACACAUCUGGACCUGAGCAGGAACCACCUGUCUGACUCUGGAGUGAAGGAGCUCUGUGGUUUCCUGGAGAGCCCAAACUGUAGACUGGAGGUUCUGAGAUUGGGGGACUGCAAGUUGUCAGAGAUCAGCUGUUCUUCUCUGGUCUCAGCUCUGAAGUCCAACCCCUUCCAUCUGACAGAACUGGACCUGAGUCACAACCAGCUGUCUGACUCUGGAGUGAAGGAGCUCUGUGGUUUCCUGGAGAGUCCAAACUGUAGACUGGAGGUUCUGAGAUUGAUGGGCUGCAAGUUGUCAGAGAUCAGCUGUUCUUAUCUGAUCUCAGCUCUGAAGUCCAACCCCUCCUACCUGACUAAACUGGACCUGCGUAUGAAUAUUAUUCAGGCUCCACAUGUUCAGCAGCUGUUGGAUCUUGUGGAGUGUCUUGACUGCAAACUACAGUCUCUGAGGUUGAGCUGAAGAUCUUAGUGGAGGAAAGA